AUGUCUAAUUCCAACCCCCCUCUAAUAACCCACAUCUACACCGCCGACCCUUCCGCCCACGUCUUCAACAACAAGCUCUACAUUUACCCGUCCCACGACCGCGAAACAGACAUCCAAUUCAAUGACAAUGGCGACCAAUACGACAUGGCAGACUACCACGUCUUCUCCAUGGACUCCAUUUCCGGCCCCGUAACAGACCACGGCGUCGUCCUGGGCCUCUCCGGCGUUCCCUGGGCAAGCAAACAGCUCUGGGCACCCGAUGCGGCCACCAAGAACGGGAAAUACUAUCUCUACCUGCCUGCCCGCGACCACGACGGCAUAUUCCGGAUCGGGGUCGCUGUGGCCGACAAACCGGAGGGACCGUUCACGGCCCAGAAGAGCUAUAUCGCGGGGAGUUAUAGUAUCGAUCCUGCGUCCUUUGUGGAUGAUGAUGGGAAGGCGUAUCUUUAUUUCGGGGGCAUCUGGGGCGGGCAGUUACAAUACGGGCCCCAGGAGCCGUCUGGUGAGAAUGUGGUUGCCCUCCACCCGCGUGUUGCGCAGUUGACGGAUGAUAUGCUGGGGUUUGCGACGCCUGUGCAGGAACUGGUUAUCCUGGAUGAGGCUGGAGGCAGCCCUCUCAAGGCAGAUGAUCAUGAGCGACGCUUUUUCGAGGCCUCCUGGAUGCAUAAAUAUAAUGGGACAUAUUAUUUCAGUUAUUCGACCGGGGACACGCAUUAUAUUGCGUAUGCGACUGGAGAGAGUCCGUUGGGUCCGUUUCGGUACAGGGGUCGGAUCUUAGAGCCGGUGUUAGGGUGGACGACGCAUCAUUCUAUUGUGGAGUUUGGGGGACGGUGGUGGAUCUUUUAUCAUGACUGUGAGCUUUCCAAGGGAGUGAGUCAUCUGAGGAGUGUCAAGGUUCGAGAGAUUGGGUAUGAUGAUCAAGGGGAUAUUUAUUUGGUGGACUGA